UAUGACAAUGAGACCUAACGUUUUGGUUAUAGGACUAGGUGGUAUCGGGACGGUUGCAGCCCUCUCAAUGGAGCUCAACGAUAAAGCUGACGUGUCAGUAAUUGUGCGUAACCAAGAUGAAGAAUUCUUGCAAAAGGGGUUUUUGUUUGAUUCGGUAUCUUUUGGCAAAACUUCCUACAAGCCAAGGGUGGCAUACAAGUGUGUCGAUGAGGUUGGCGAUGUGUUCUUCGACUACGUGGUGGUGUGCACGAAGAACUUACCAGACUCAAAGUUGCCGUGUGAACGCCUCAUUGCUCCUGCUAUCAAACCGGGUACUUGUAUCGUAUUAAUUCAGAACGGAUUGGAUAUAGAAGUUCCAGUUCUCAACAAGUUUCCCAACAAUUUGGUGAUCAGUGGCAUUUCGUUGACCGGGGCCUGGAGAUACGGCAAUAACGUGAAACAUAUUGCGCCCGACGAGGUUCUGUUUGGGAUAUUCAAGGCCAAUUCGAUUCCUAGGCAUGAAGCGCAGCCCAUCUUUGAUCGGUUCGUGGAUGCUUACAAACGAGACGAUGCCAUAAUCACCAUCGACGACAAUGUCGAGUUGCUGAGAUGGUACAAAUUGUGUUACAAUGCCGUGUUCAAUACGACAUGCACGGUGUUGAAUGUGGAUGUCACUAGGUGUCACAUUGCCGUUGGCAAUAAUUCGAUCUUCCGCAAACUCUGUUAUGAAGUGGUUGAUAUUGCCAAGAGUGCUGGAUACGUGCUUGAGCCGGAACGGGUCGAGUAUAUUCUUCACAAGAGUGACGGUAGGUUUUACCGACCAUCGAUGCAAAUUGAUAGAGAUAAAAACCAGUUGUUGGAGUUGGAGGUGAUUAUGGGAAACCCUCUUCGGAUUGCUGAAAGAAAUGGUAUUUCUGCACCCAAUUUGAUGAUGAUCUAUAAUAUGCUUAAGAUAAUCCAGUUUGACAUUAGAGAGAAGCAGGGAGAGUUCAAAAUCAAUCCUGAUGAUUUUAGAGACGUGUCUGGAGAGGAUGCUCCAAAGGUGUUCAAGCGGAUUCACGGUAAUUAAAGGUAGUCUUAGAUAAAGAAUUGACCGGAGGAACCCAUAGACACAUUAUAGAAUAAUAGAUACCAGGUGGUUGACACGAUUUUUCAGAUCAUAUAUAAUGAAAUAUAUAUUAUACUUGCC